UUAAUCAGAGAUUAGAGAUUAAAAACGAUGGCGAACCAACAGGCUCAGGAUUUAUUCGAAGAUCUGGAAUUUUUGGGGGAUGACGAAUUGAUUUCGUUGGCCAUGGGAGCACCCGGGAAAGAAGCAUUGUCUGGAUGCACAGAAAUAAUGAUGACAGCUACAGAAUCAGCAAUGAGUGAUCUGACCCAGGAGAAGUAUGUGUUCCAGUAUGGUCCACGUCAGGGGGACCCAGGUUUUUUGGAACACCUUGCAAAAUUCUUGUCAGUGCAAUAUGGGGACAAUAACAUUUCCAAAGAUAACCUGAUGGUGACAGCAGGUGCCACACAUGGUCUUCACUUGACAGCCACUGUCCUGUUUAAAGAGGAUAUUCCUGUCUUUGUAGAGGACCCAACUUACUUCAUAGCCAUCAAGAUGUUGGGAAAGGACCUGGGAAGGACUGUUAUACCAGUUCCUGUUGGGGAUGAUGGUAUAGAUGUGGACAAACUUGAGGAGAUGUUGAAGAAACACAGACAUAAAGCUGGAGACAAGAGCACGUGGAAAUGUCCUUUCUGGACCAUGCUGUACCUUAUGACAGUGUAUAACAACCCACGAGGGAACUGUCCCUCCCCUGAAAAAUGUAACAGGCUGGUAGAACUUGCUAGGAAGUAUGAUGUGCUAUUAUUUACUGAAGACGUUUACAACCUGCUUCAUUUUGAGGAGGGUAACCCUCCUCCUCGCCUCCUUUCUUACGAUGUCAGUGAUGAUCCUGAAUACCUGGGCUGUGUUCUUUCCAAUGGGACUUUUUCCAAGAUUUUUGCCCCCGGACUACGACUAGGCUGGAUAGAGGGACGUCCUGGAGUUGUAAGAUUAAUUAUGACCAGUAACACAGCUUGGAGUGGAGGAAGCUUCAAUCACUACACGUCCCGUGUGGUGUCAGCAGCCCUUCAGACUGGACUCCUGUCCCAACACCUAACCAAGCUCUGCAGCGUAUACAGGGAAAGAAUGAAUCUUCUAUGUCAAGCUCUGCUUAAAUAUCUGCCUGCAGGGUGUCAUUUCAAACAACCAAAGGGCGGUUUCUUUGCCUGGAUCACAUUACCAGACACUGUUGAUGGAGAAGCCUUACUGAGCCUAGCCAAUGGCAAGCACAAGGUCAAUUUCAUCACAGGUCAAAGCACCUCGCCAACUGGGAGUUUUAAGAACUGUAUUCGACUGUCUAUCAGCUUUGCUGAUACGAAUCAGAUUGACGCGGGUGUUGAACGACUCUGCAAGGCUAUAAAGGAAUACACGUUAAAUGUAGCUAACUCAGAAAGCAGUUGCUCAUGAUUAAAUUUUUAAAAAACAGAAUAUAUUUUAACUUGGAAAAAUCUAUCCAAAUGUUUUAACUUAAAAAAA